AUGGAGGAUGGGGGAAGCAAGGGAGGGAGGUCUAAAAAUACAACUGCUUCCAAGACAGACACUCAAGUUCUCCGCUCCUGGCGGAUGAAGCCCCGCGCGGGGGGCGUCUGUCGCUCGAUGCCCGCAGGCUGGGCGUGCCGGGCCCCCGGUCCCCGACCCCCAGCCCUCAGCCCCCUCCCGGACGGACGGGAGGGCAGCGCUGCGCACCCCUGGCCCGUCUUGCGGGUCUGCUCAUUUAGGCUGGAGUCACAUGAGUGCAGCCGCUGCGAGUCCGCCUCUGGAACGAAGACAGGCAGGAGCGCAGUGAGGGAGGUCCUCUACUCGCCGUCUCCGGGCAGCUCAUCCCGGGUCGGCCAGCCCGGGGAAAAAACCUGCCGGGACCCCAGCCCGAGGAGCGCGGCUGGCGGGCAGGACGGCUGGGGAGGGGCGGCCGGGGGGCCGAGCCCCGGCAGAUUUGCUCAAAAUGGCAGCAGUCUAAGCAAACAAUCUCUCUCACUUACCCAGGGAGCGCGGGGGAGCUCGCGGCCGGCCAGCGGGCGCCCGGGCGACACAAAGGAACCAUGGAGAAACUUUUUCAGCCCGAGCCGACGGCGGAGCGCGGGCACGGCGCCUCGGGGCCCUCGGUGUGAGCGCGGCUCAGCAGCCCCGCGGGGGCGAUCGCCCGCCCCGGGCUCGCAGCCCCCUCCGGCGCAGUGGCGGGAGCCAUUUCCAAGAGUUUCCAAGAAGUCCCUCCUCUCCCGCGCCGCUCCUCCUCCUGCGCCCCGCGCCCCUCCCGCGUCGCUCCCGGGCGGCCGCGCGGUCCCAGGCCCUUGCGCCUCUUUUGUGUGGCUGCGGCGCGCCGGGCUCCGCCGGGUGGAGUUGAGCCCGCGGCGGCAGCUCGGGGCGGCCGGACUGGCGCCGUUGCUAAGAGACCGGAGCCAUGACACAGGGAAAUUGCGGCAGGAUGGCAGGCGAUACCCGGCCCGGCACGGCGGCCCGUGCGCCCCCGCCCCCCGUCCCCUCCGCGGGCCCCCAGACUCCCCGCCCCCGCCUCCUUCCCGCACCGCCGCCCGCCCCUUCGGAAGCGCGGCGCCCGGGAAGAGGGGGCGCUCGGGCGCGGAGCCCCCGGGGCGGGGCGCCCGGGGACCCGCACCUGCCCCCGCCGGCACCUCGGCGCCGUCUGAGCCAGCUACCUAUCUGAGCAGCGGGCCGGGGGCCGCGGGAGGGAAGGCCCGCCCUCCCCCGCCCGAUGGGGACCCUGGCGGGAUCCGAGGGGAGCCCCGGACGCCCGCCCUCCCGUCCCUCCUCUUUCGAAGCCUCUGCUCCUUUGCGCGCCUCAGUCUCGACUUUGCCCCCUCCCGCUCGGGAGUUUGCAGUGCGGACGCCCGGCGAACACAUCACGUGAACGCACAGCAAGAAGCAGCAAGUCCUCAUCCAACCUGUUGGCACCUCCAGCUUGGACUUCCCAGCCUCCUGAACUGUAAGAAAUUCCUUUCUGUUCUUAUCCGUGACUUGCCCUGCUCCCAGCGUCACUGUUAUCUGUGUGGCCCAUUCAUCCUGAGCCCCUCUGUCAAGGCCUCUUCUCUACCUGAUGAUCUUGAGCAGGUGAUAUGAGCUGUCUGUGCCAAGUUCCCAUCUGUAACAAGAGGGGAGGUGGUAAAAGGACAAACGACGUAGGGUUGCUGUGAGGAUGGAGAGGGUGAAUGGAGAGGGCCGCCGUGUCCCUGCGACUGCUGCUGUCAUUACUGUAAAUGGGGUCUGCCACCCAGCCUCAGGCCCCGUGCUACGACUCUCCAAGGGGAGGCAGAUGAUCCAGUAAAACUCCAGGAAGCUGUGUCUCUAUUGCCAGCCGUUCCACAGCCGGCUCACUCCCGGCUGCCACAAAGUUCUGCCUCCACAAGCAGGCACGUCGCAAGGCACCAGGCAGUUGGAGACUCUCUUCCAUGGGCCCUCACCACUGUGCAGCUAGAAUGCUCUGGCUGAGCAAGGAAGGCUCAGGAGGCCUAGCCAGCUUUUAUUUGCCUGUGAAUGGCGCUGAGAGGAGCAGGGUAGCAGGAGGCAAGGAGGUCCCUUCCCCUUGGCGUUCUCAGGGUAGGCUCUGCCGAUGUCUGCAUCUCAGCACUGUCCUGCUAUGAAUGUUGGGACCACAUGACCUUACAUUAUGCAGGUAUUUUAUAAUGGCCACAGUACCCUUGUCCUUGUCUCACCUGUUCUCCUCCAUUCGCUGGAAGCUGGGAAGUGGGCUGGAUGCAGAGGAGAAAGCAUGAUUUUUAAAUCUGUUUUCUUGCUCAGAGCCAGGAGGGAAACAAUGGGAAGGAAAACAGGAGUUAUUGUCCCUGUUACAUAAUCCUUAAAAACCGAAGUUCACUGGGGCCGGCACGGUGGCAUCGUGGGUAACAAUGCCACCUGCAGUGCUGGCAUCCCAUAUGGACACCAGUUCUGGUCCCGGCUGCUCCACUUCCAAUCCAGCUCUCUGCUGUGGCCAGGAAAGCAGUGGAAGAUGGCCUGAGUCCUUGGGUCCCUGCGCCCGUGUGAGAGACCCGGAGGAAGCUCCUGGCUCCUGCCUCCGGAUUGGCGCAGCUCCGACCAUUGCGGCCAAUUGGGGAGUGAACAAACGGAAGGAAGACCUCUCUCUCUCUCUCUCUCUCUCUCUCUCUCUCUCUCUGCCUCUCCUCUCUCUAUGUAACUCUGACUUUCAAAUAAAUAAAUAAAUCUUUAAAAAAAUACCCAAAGUCCAGAUGAUGCUAUAUGAUUGCUUCCUUUGCACAUGGAAAAGCAUUUGGAAUGAGAGAUCUACUCCCUGUGACACUUUGCAGCUUUCCUGGCGCUCCAGUAGCAGUAAACAGAUGUCAUUCCUGGGAACCAGGAGAGCAGAACCCAGGGCUUCAUCAGCCAGCCGUGGGAGGCAGGGUCUACUUUCAUGAAAAGGGCUGAGAGCAAGACCAAAAGCAUAAGCAAUGACGACAUCAAGGAAACCAGCAUCUAUCUCCUUAAGCGUUGACCCAGUCCUGUUGUUUGGAGCUCAUGGACUCCUCUUUAUAAAAGAUCCAGUAAUUUGUUGUUAGCUACAGCCCCCUCCUGUGCUGCUAGACAGUUCUCUGCUAGAUGAUUCUCUGGUGUGAUCACCACACAUUUAUAUGCAUGUAUCAAAAAAAUCACACUGUGUCCUAUAGGUAUGUCACUUAUUAUGUCAAUUUUUUAAAUUUAUUUGACAGGUAGAAUUAUAGGUAGUGAGAGAGAGAGAGAGAGAGACAGACAGAGAGAAAGGUCUUCCUUUUGUUGGUUCACUCCCCAAAUGGCCACCACAGCCAGCGCUGUGCUGAUCCAAAGCCAGGAGCCAGGUGCCUCCUCCUGGUCUCCCAUGCGGGUGCAGGGGCUCAAGCACUUGGGCCAUCCUCCACUGCCUUCCUGGGCCACAGCAGAGAGCUGGACUGGAAGAGGAGCAACCGGGACAGAAUCUGGUGCCCAUAUGGGAUGCCGGGGCCGCAGGCAGAGGAUCAACCAAGUGAGCCACAGUGUCAGCCCCUAUUAUGUCAAUUAAGAAUAAUUUUUAGAGGUAUUUUAAAAUGCCUUGGUAGGAAUGGUCAAUAGCUGUGUUUGGGGUAAGCCUCACUCUUAGGUCGGGUAGCUAGACAAGGGCCAACAAGGAGGAUUCUCUGGCCAGUGUCAUGUCACCAAACAAAAUAGUUAAAAUUCUUACAACUGAAACUCAUUAUGUUUAAGUUUUAUAAUCUGCUUUUUGUAACAGCGCUUUUUUUUGAAGAUUAUGGACACAUUUAACAUGUACAGAGGCAGGUGGGUGUUUGGCUCAGUAGUUCAGGUGGCAUUUGGGGAUGUCUGCUUUCAGUAUCAAAGCACCCGGGUUUGAGUCCUACCUCCACUCCUGACUCCAGCUUCCUGCUAGUGGGAACCCAGGGAGGCAGCAGAUGAUGGGUCAAGUACUUGCAUUACUGCCACCCAUGGAGACCUGGAUUGAGUUCUGGCUUCUCCUGGCCAAAACCAGGGGAUGCCGCUCUCUGUCUGUCCCUCUGUCUGUCUGUCUCUGUCUUUCACAUAGAUGAAAAUAAAUGUAAAAAUAUUUUAAAAUUUAAAAAAUGUAAAAAUGAAGUGAGUUAUUUCCUAGGGGAGAUACUAUUUCUGCCUAAAGUCUUUGAGAAGACUUAGGGUGAGAUACAUAAUUCCAUCUAGGGCAUCUAGGAAAGUCCCUAAGGACACGCCAGGACGCUAAGAGGUAGAUUGGUGCCAGCGCUGGAACACUGGGCAGGCCAUGAGACUGUUCUUAGUGUUCAGUGGGUCCAGAAAGGAAGCAUCAAUGGGUCCACUGUGGCCGUGGUUCUGGGAGACCCAAAGAGGGGGAGGGGCGGCUCGCAGUGUGGAGACUACAGAAGCUCUCAUUCCUCCUACGGAGAGACUACUGGCUGCUAAUAAUGACUGGAAUACCUGUCAUGCUCUGGGGAUCGUGCGUGCAUUCUGACGACUACAGGCAGAUAACAUUCACCCCAUUUUAUGAAUGAAUGAGCUGAGACUUGGAAAUGAUUGGGGAUUUAAUAUUCUCCUGGCUCUGUCUGGCUUCACGGGCUAUGCUUUCUCAGGCUUCUUUUUGAGCUUGUUGUACUUACCAGGUCUGAAAAUGUUGGAAUUCCUUCUCUUCUCACCCCCUGCCCACACAGCACAGUAUUAUUAGCCACUUUCUGUGAACUUCAGAACUUAAUUUCCAACCUCUAUCUCUCCUCAGAAUGGCAAAAUUAACCCAAAAGAACAUAUGAGGAAGGAAUACAUCCUAGGGCACUUUGAAGAAUGUGAAUAAUGGGAUUAAAAGAUAAUUUUAUUUUGGUAUACACAAAAAAUUGAAAUUCAUGCAUAGGUUUUUCAUGAUACAAAUUUUUCAUAAGUUUUUUUAGAUACAUUUUAUUUAUUUAAAAGGCAGAGUUACAGAGAGAGAGAGAGAGAGAGAGAGAGAGAGAAGGAGAGAGAGAGGUCUUUCAUCCACUGUUUCACUCUUCAAAUGGCUGCAUUGGCUGGGGCUGGACCAGGCUGAAGCCAGGAGCUUCUUCCAGGUCUCCCACGUGGGUGCAGGAGCCCAAUCACUUGGGCCAUCUUCCAUUGCUUUCCCAGGAGUAUUAGCAGGGAGCUAAAUCAGAAGUGGAGCAACCAGGACAUGAAUGAGAACCCAUAUGGGAAUGCCGAUGUUGCAGGCAGCAGCUUAACCUGCUGCACCACAGUGCUGGCUUCUCCGUGAGCUUUCAGAAGACCUCUCAUU